AGAAAGAACGAAAGAGAUAGGACUACGCGAGAGGGUGUGGGUGAGCGAGAAAGAACGAGAGAGAGAUAGAGAGAGGGGGGGAGGGGAUAGGUGUAGGAGGAGCGGAUAGAGAAGGAGGGAGAAAGAAAACGACAUAGGUGGGUGCGCGCGCGCGAGCCUGCGGUGUGCAACGUUCUUGCGCGCUAACUGCGCGUGUGUGCGUAUUUCUUGAGGUGGGUGUGCGAGUGCAUUUGUGUGCUUGUGUGUGGUUAGAGAUAGGUGUCGACGAGAGCGUGUCGGCCGCGUGUCGUGAUUUACCUUGCCGUGCGAGGCAGACUCUACCGUGAUUUUGUCAACGUUCGACGAUAUAGUGUGGAAAGGAUUUUGUCGCUGUAAAAUUCGGAAAGCGAAAGUGAGGUUAGAACGGCAUGGGGAUCGUCGAUCUCGACGGAGUGAAGUUGUCGUCGUCGUCGUCGUCGUCGUCACCACCGUCACGGCCGUCGUCAUCGUGCGUCGUCGUCGGAGCUGUCGCCGCCGUCGUCGCCGUCGUCGCCGUCAUCUUCGUCGUCGAUCCUAAUUUCGAAGCGUGACGGCGAAAUUUUCUUUAGCAACGCGCCGAGUUAGGUGCUCCAGCUCGUAUGGUGGUGUCCCUUCGUCCUUCCAGCAGGAAGUCGCGUCUUCGUUGGCGUCUUCGAGGAAGGAGAAAAAAGAGAGAAUGGAGAUCCUUAAGCAGUGUUGCUUAACGACGAAUAUCGCCUUUACUGACCGUCUCCUGUGACGCGCGUGCAAGGGGGGUGGGAGAGAGAGAGAGAGAGAGAGAGAGAAAGAGAGAGAGAGAGAGAAACGUAUAUACAAUCGUAUACGUAUAGGUGUUCGCAACACAUAUACAUACGUACGUACAUACACGUAGGGUGAGGGCUGAUCGAAAGAAAAAAAAAAAAAAAAAGAAAGAAAGAAAGAAAGAAAGAGGGAGAGAAAGAGAUAGAAUUUCUUUCUCGCUCAAUUUAGUUAUAGGAGGAAAGGAGAAGUGAGGAGGAACGUUCUCGAGGAGAAAAUUAUCGUUAAAUCGUCGUCCUGUCAGGAUGCAGAAGAGAGACGGCAGGGAUGGCCGCGAGAAGGAGCUCGGCCGUGGCUCCGAUCGCGAUCAGCAGGACGCGGCGAAAAGGACCUCCCGUGGUAGUGGAAACGCCACGAGGUCCAAUGUCCAUUCCUCGAGGCAUAGUGUCACCUCUUCGUCCGCUGUGCUGAUGGUUGGCCCGAAUUUUCGGGUCGGCAAGAAAAUCGGCUGUGGUAACUUCGGGGAACUUCGACUCGGGAAGAACCUCUACAAUAAUGAGCACGUAGCAAUAAAAAUGGAACCAAUGAAGUCGAAGGCGCCACAGCUACAUUUAGAAUAUAGGUUUUACAAAUUAUUAGGUACACAUGUUAAUAAUGUACGUGCAGAGGGUAUACCGGAGGUGUAUUACUUUGGCCCAUGUGGGAAGUACAACGCCCUGGUAAUGGAACUCCUCGGUCCGAGUCUCGAAGAUCUCUUUGACCUCUGUGGGAGGAGGUUUACCCUCAAGACCGUUCUUAACAUUGCCACACAACUCCUCCAUAGGAUAGAAUACGUCCACAGUCGACACUUGAUUUAUCGUGAUAUCAAGCCAGAGAAUUUCUUGAUAGGACGAUGUACGACUAAACGAGAAAAGAUUAUUCAUAUAAUCGAUUUUGGAUUGGCCAAAGAGUACAUAGAUCUGGAUACGAAUAAACACAUACCUUAUCGGGAACACAAGAGUCUUACAGGAACGGCGCGUUAUAUGAGUAUCAACACCCACCUUGGAAAAGAGCAAAGCAGAAGAGACGAUCUGGAAGCGUUAGGACACAUGUUUAUGUACUUCCUACGUGGUAGUUUACCUUGGCAAGGAUUAAGGGCCGAGACGUUAAAGGAACGAUAUCAGAAAAUCGGAGAUACGAAAAGGGCAACACCUAUCGAGGUUCUUUGUGAUGGACAUCCUGAGGAGAUGGCUACGUAUCUUAGAUAUGUACGCAGGUUGGACUUUUUUGAGACACCGGAUUACGAGUACCUGAGGAAGCUCUUCCAUGAUCUCUAUGAGAGACGAGGCUUCGUCAACGAUGGCGAAUUCGAUUGGACCGGCAAGACAAUGCCACCCAACUUCGAGCAGCUCAGGGCAUUGAGGCUGGCAGCACCUUCUCAUGUCGAGAAAAACAAAUCGGACAAGUCCACACCAGUUGGAUCGCUACAAACGGGCCACGAAAUCGUCGUGUCACCGAAUCGCGAUCGGCAUCCGGCAACGUAUAAGGACGCGGCAGGUGGAGGGGUGGGAGGCGGGGGCGUAAAGGGGGUGGGAGCCACAUGGCCAGACGCAGUGAAGCAAUCAGGAGCUGGUGGUACAUUGACACCUGCUGAUAGGCAUGGUUCCGUUCAGACAAAGCAACAAUGGAUUAUGGUUGUUUCGUCGACGAACGGAGAAUUGGCUAAUGAUGAUCCAACUGCGGGUCAUUCUAACACGCCAAUUACGGCACCACAAGAAGUGGAUAUGAUCGAUGAAACCAAUGUUUGCUUCAUUUCCAGAUGCUGUUGUUUCUUCAAGCGAAAGAAGAAGAAAAGUGGAAGGCAGAAAUAACUGUCCGAUACCGUCGGUCUUGGGCGGUCAGUACAACAGUGCGCGAGUAAUAGUGCUGAUGGAUUUGGAGAUCGAGUCCCUGGAACGGCGAGAAUCUGCAAAAGCGGUGGAGACGGCGGGGGAGGUGGAGCUGGAGCUGGAGGUGGAGGUGGUGGUGGUGGUAGUGGUGUACAAGACAGAGAUACUACUACUACUACAGCUGCUGCUGCUGCUGCUGCUGCUGCUGUUGUUACUGCUGUUACUGCUGUUACUGCUAUCGCUACUGUUGCUAGUACUACCGCCGUUACUACCGUCGCUGGAGUCACUGGAGAUCCUGAAAAAGAAGCUAUCACUCUCCUACGUGCUGGAAGUCGAUCUGCUUCGAGAGAUUCGGUGCUGCAUACCACCAUCACGUUGACACCCACACCGACUCCACCACCGUUUUCAAAUUGAGCCACCACAUAGCCAUUAUUAUUGCUGCUAUUAUUAUUAUUAUUAUUAUUAUUAUUAUUAUUAUUAUUAUUACUACUACUGCUACUACUACUACUAUUAUUAUUAUUAUUAUUAUUAUUAUUAUUAUUAUUAUUAUUAUUUUCUUCUUUUUUUAUUGUCGACAUCUCCAAUGAUUUUGCCUUCUCCAUUUACUUGUACGAUUAUUAAUUAUUAAUUAUUAAUUAUU